UACCCGUGCCACACGGGCACAGAAAAUGGCAUUCGGUAGCAAAGGCCUUCAGUUCCCGAAUGACAUUUUUUUCGGCGGAGCUGCUACACGUCCAAACUGAAUGACAUUUGACUUGAUGAUGUCGAUCGCAGCACCUUCUGUAGUGAGCAACUGUUGAGUAGUAAUAAAAAAAUAAACAUGCGUUUACAAGCUUCAUAGACCUCCGAUAAUAAUUAAAUGUAGAAAUAAGCAUAUUACGCUGCCGUAACCUUUAGUUUGUUGCUUUAUUUCACGACGUCGCAGCCGACCGUAUCAACCUAAGCCAACGCUAGUGAGAUCCACAGCGUAAGAAGAAAAUGGCGCCUGUCGCAUCGAAAAUACAGCGUCUCCCAGCUGACGAUGUUCGUCGAGUGCAUUUUUUCGCGGCAGCACUUGUGUGCUUCCGUGCGAAGCAUCGCGCUCAAGAGCGAAGGAUUCAGGAGCAGAGAGAAGCUGUUACGCGCCAGCUUCAGGACAUUGAAAUCCAAAUGAUUUCAAACCAUUUCAACCUGGUCGCCGCAGCUUCUUUGCUCAGCACAACGCCUCGAUCUCGAUAGCGUUUUCACCGGAACCAGCACUGGUUUGAUGAAACGCUACCUAACCUCUGGGAAGCUUACUUUAAGAGGUGGUUUCGCGUCUCGGCUGCCACAUUUCGCUACAUUGUGGAGUCGUGCCGCUCCGACCUACAACGUGUGGACACAACGAUGAGAGAGGCUAUAUCAGUCGAAAAAGGAGUAGCCGUCUCACUCUACCGUUUGUGCUCUACUGCCGAAGACCGCACCAUCGCCGAAUUGUUCGCGAUUGGCCGCUCCACUGUGAACUUGCUCUACAAAGAGUUCUGUAAGGCCAUUCUGAAAAACCUGGAGGACGACUGGGUGAAGAUGCCUUCGCCAGCAGACAUGGAGGAGCAUAUGAGGGAAUUUUUUGCGGUAACAGGAUUCCCACAAGGUGUAGGGGCGCUCGACGGCUGCCACUUUCCCGUGUCACCGCCAAAGAAAUAUGCUUCGGACUACUACAAUUACAAAGGCUGGUAUAGCAUGAUCCUGCUGGCUCUAGUGGACCACCGGUAUCGCUUCAGAUACACAAACGUCGGCUCCCCAGGACGGUGCCAUGACUCUUUCGUCUAUGGAAGGUCUUUACUGUGCAAAGCUAUGGAAAGCGGAGCUUUCAAACGCCCGACAGCUACAAUUGAAGGUGUUUGUGUGCCUCCAAUAGUGCUGUGUGACCAGGCAUUUGCUUUAUCUCCAAAUAUACAGAAACCAUAUGCGAAUGCACAGCCUGAUACACAAGAAAGGGCAUACAACUACAACCUUUCAAAGACCAGAAGGGUUGUGGAAAAUGCAUUUGGCCGUGUGAAGGCCAGAUUUCGUUUCAUUAUGAAGCGCAUGGAGUGCCACCUCACCACCACUACCUUGAUUAUAAAGGCAUGUUGUGUUCUUCAUAACAUCUGUGAAAGUUUUCAGGAACAUGUUGAGCCACAGUGGGAGCAGGAGGUACCGAUGUGGGAUGCUGCUUACGCACAGCCAACUUGUACAUCAGAUGCGCCUAGCAAAAGCGGUGAAGACGUAAGGACAGCAUUAGCAAAAUACUUCUUUGCUAGAACUCAGCAGUCACUCACCAUCUCGGGUAGCUGA